AUGGAAACUCGCGACCAUUUACUGAGCAAUUUUGAAACCAUCAACCACCAAAGACGGCAUCCAUUGGGUCUUGAACAGAUACCGCAAUGGCCAACUGAUUCUCCAAAAAAAAUGUCUACUGCUCCAGCCACGCUACCUCCCCUAAAUGCAUCCGUCACUUGUAAAGGCUUUUUAGCCAGCUGUACACCAACAACUUCCACACUGCAACCGUUGCCUUCUCGUUUUGCCGACCUGACCAAGUCUGGAUUCAGCGAUGAAACCAAGCCUAUAUCCACUAAUGAAAAACACUUGCCGGAUUAUCCAAGUACGGCACCAGCAGAUUUAUUUGGGUCCUUGACACACUAUCAUCAGCCAAAACGGUCCAACUAUAUCACAACAUCCAUGUCGCUCGCAACGCGUCGGCAGAACCAACACAUGUCUGCCAUUCUUGCAACGAUAAAUGGGCAAAACGCAAACAAUCUAACUGGUGAUCACUAUUACCGCCAUACGGCUGGACUAAAAGAUAUGUGGCGAGAUAUUGGAGAUGAUGGAGAUGCGUUGCAAGAAUCGGCUGAUAUGAAGGCUGCAUUCGACCGCAAUUUGCAAACUAUUUAUCGAAUGCUAGAAACUGCCAAAGGCAUUGAAGCAAAACCUAACCAAGAAACAGACGAUGUUGUUCAAGCACUUCAACGGGAUGUGACAGAUCAUCCCAAAAAACGACGAGAAGGGGGGCUAGAUCCAUCUGAAAUCAACCGACAAUAUUCUGUAAUGCCAUCUUUUCAACCCUCCUCACAAUUACAACCCUCUUCUCAUACUCCAGCAACAAACACGGGCAUACCCCAAUCCACUGCCGCCAACCCAGUCGAUCCAAACAAUUCAAACCUUCGAGCUCUUGCAGGUCGAAAACCCAUGCGAGUCAUAAUGCAAGAUCUAGCUAAACGCAUUCAAGUUUUAAAAACCAACCCCACUGAAUGGGAAGCUCUUGAAACAAAAAUUGCCACAUACAAAUUCAACACCAUUCAUCAAACCCGUAUGGACAAUAUGAAUAUUGUCAAGAUCAACAAACAGACUGCCUAUACUUUAUUCCCCGAAGUCAAGCGUGCCUUGAUUGCUACACGUCGGGCUAAAAAUGAAGAACAUCGGUGUCAGGUACUGGUAAAAAAGAAACGGUUGGAUGAACGAGCACAAAUACGGAAAGCCAAAGAUAUACAGCAAAAGGAAGAAAUUUCUGCUUUGCAUCUGUUGAGAGAUCGAGAGGGUGAUGGUCGUACUCAAGCUAUCCAGUCUAGAUGGUUUCAAAUUAUUAUUGUUGCAUCGAGAGUUAGUGCAAUAUGUACUGCUUUGGAAACAGUCCGAAAGGAAAAAUUGGUUUAUUUGAAACAGUUGCACGCAGCUAUUAUUAUCCAACGUGAAUAUCGACGGUAUAAAGAGUCUCGUUUAAAACAAUUGCAAAAGGCAUCAUUACGGAUUAUUUCAAGGUGUUUCAAAAAGUUUUAUCCAAAGUGGAAGUCUGCUCGUUUGCUAAAGGCAUCCGAUGUCAUUCAUUCAUUCUUUAAAGAAGUAUAUGACACAUCCAAAAUCAAACAUCAGAUUUUAAAAUACCGCUCUUCAGUUGUAUACGUUCAAAAAUACACAAAAUCGUUUUUACAAAUCCGUCAAGCACAGUUGAAGGUCAUCGAUAUGUAUUGGACACAACUCAGCAAUGCGUGGUUGAUUCACUAUAGCAAAGACAACCCAUUUGAUGUAGACGAAAAGCGUGCUAAAAAGAAAAAAGCAAAGUCAAAAAAAGAGGAAGCAGUGGCCAUUGAAAAGGCUCUGGCAAGAAUUUCCAAUGAUGCCAAAACCGAAUUGAUUUUUGAAAAUCUAAUAUUCCGACGCAAAAAUCAUCGAAAUGCAUUGAUGAAUUACAAAACUGCACUUGCUGCCCAUCAUGAAGAUAUCAAGAAACGAUCAUAUCUGUCCAAAGAUAGAUCGUAUGCGGCCUCUCAAGCAAUCAAGCGUCCCAUUUUCAAACUUCUUCCUUCUCGAGAAACCAUGUUUGCCCUAAUGGAUGUCGCAUUUGCAAAAGAAAUCGAAAAGCAAUCCAUCUGA